AGCAACAACAACCAAGCCACGCGAGCCUCCGCACUCCCCGAGCACCGCCCAAGAAUGACCAACGCCGCAUCGCGACUGAAGGCCACUAAUGCCAAGACUGCCACCUCUCCGCGCAACAACACCAAGGCGCAGCAGUCGAAGCUGCUUGGCCAGUACUCUGUCGGUGCUAGUUUUGUGCUGCGGUUGGUGCUGGGCUUGGCGCCCGAGAAGCGUGCGGCGUGCCAGACCCUGCGCGAGAUCCUUAGCCUCGACAACAACGAGCGGCUAGAGCUGGCACCGACCGCCAAGGGAUUGAAACCGAUCUCCGGUAAGACGAACGCCGCGGAUUGGAGCAAGGUGAACCAGUACAAGCUGAAGCACAUGGUGAAGCAAGCCCAGUCCGACAAGUUCCAGGAGGCCAUGCUGCAACUCGGCGGUCAGCACCUGUACGACGCCAUUCGUACGCAGCUCAAGCAGAUCGGUGGCGCGUGGGAUGGCCGCAAGGAUAAGCCCGCUCUGCAGACGAGGAACGCACGCCCUCGCUCGAAUUCCAUUGAGAAGAGUGUGAAUUCCCAGAAGGAGGCCGAACGCCGGAAGGAGCAGCCUGCGAAGAACGCCACCCAAGGCCAGAUCCAGGCCGCCAAGAAGAAACAGGCAUCGGAGGCCGUAAAAAUUCCACCCCCAGCACCGGUGAAGGCAACCAAGGGCACGCUCCCGAAGAACAAGGCGCGUACCAAGAACGCCACUCCCACCAAGAACACUUCCCAGAUCAAGAACGCUGCCCCUGUGAAAGGUGCGCCGCUCUUGGGGUCCUGGGCUGGACCCGUUCCAGCCUCGGUAGUGCUGAGUCGGCCUGGUGCUAACGUGAGUAGCGCGCCUACCAUGUCGGCACGUGCUGGAAACGGUGGUCGUGCGAUCCUAUCAAGGGCACUCUAGGCAAAGAUUGCAAUGGUAAGGCCCUUCGUGUGAGUGUAGUCGGCAACAUAUCUGUAUGCGUACUGCGGGGUGUAGAGUGUGAAUAAUUCAAAAGUUUGAUAAUAUAUUUGUUUGGUAAGUGAAAC